UGAGGGAUCCCACGGCAUUAGCCGCCCGACUCAAGCUGUCAAGGUCGACAUUGCGGUUUUGAAGUGAGACAGUUGCUCGAAUUUGAAUUUUUACAACGGUGACGAUGUGGCGCUCCUUCGUCUACCACGUGGGCGGCUGACUGGCGUCGAGACGACUCGAAGGAAUGGUGGAACAGAGAGAUCUACUCUGCUCAAAUAUUCAACGUCUUAUAAGUUACCUACUUAAGUGAGUAAUUAGAUACGCAGUAGUCUGUCUACCAGGAUGUAGAUCCAGGUCGUCUGGACAUUUUCAGGACCUCACGCCGAGGGGUCGAUUUAGACAAGAAAUGUAAAGCUCCCAACCCCUCCAUUGAUAGACUAAUUGAUAAUUUUGGAGGGGUUCUUUCAACCGUGAGCCCGACCCUUCCCACUUCUGACCUCGUCCGGCCGGUUGCCUCGCUCUCACCAUGACUACAAAUCUCCCAGACAAGUAUGACCGCCCGGUCCACAUCGCCGUGAUAGGCGGCACCGGCCUCUCCAAGAUCGACGGCUACGUGCCCGUCGCGCAGGUCAACCCGCAGACGCCAUGGGGCUACCCCUCGGCUCCGAUCCAGAUCCUCGAGCACAACGGCGUGCCCAUCGCCUUCCUGUCGCGCCACGGCGCCCACCACGAGCUCGCGCCCCAUGAGGUCCCCUCGCGCGCCAACAUCGCCGCCCUGAGGCACGUCGGCGUGCGCAGCGUCAUCGCCUUCAGCGCCGUCGGCUCCCUGCAAGAGCACAUCAAGCCCAUGGACUUUGUCGUCCCCGACCAGGUCAUCGACCGCACAAAGGGCGUCCGCCCCUUCACCUUCUUCGAGAAGGGCCUCGUCGGCCACGUCGGCUUCGCCGACCCCUUCGACGCCAAGCUGGCUGCCGUCGUCAAGGCCUGCGCCGGCGCCAUGCAGGGCGAGGGCUCGACCCUGCACGACGGCGGCACAAUCAUUUGCAUGGAGGGCCCCCAGUUCUCCACCCGCGCCGAGUCCAACAUGUACCGCUCCUGGGGCGGCAGCGUCAUCAACAUGUCGGCCCUUCCCGAGGCCAAGCUGGCCCGCGAGGCCGAGCUGGCCUACCAGAUGGUCUGCAUGGCGACCGACUACGACUGCUGGCGCACCGCCGCCGGCGGGGAGGACGUCGACGUCGCCAUGGUCAUGGGCUACAUGAGCGCCAACAGCGUCAACGCCAAGCGGCUCGUCGGCGCCGCCCUCGACGAGCUGUCCAAGCACGACAACAGCGACCUCGUCCUCGCCAAGCACUGGGAGGGCGCCAGCUCCGGUGCCGUCAAGUUCAUGACCAAGCCUGAGGGCAGGGACCCGGAGGCCAUGAAGAGGAUCGAGUACCUGUUCCCCGGGUUCUGGGAGAAUUAAGGUCUUGGGGGGCGUAGAGGUCAAAGCGACCGGCUUGGCAGCGAUGCUGCUGCUCUCAUCCGUGGCUUUCUCGGAGUCAGCAACGUGCCGCGUGAGAAGAAAGCGCUCAGUCUGCACAUAUAGAGAAGUAAGCGCAGCAAUAUAGACUGUAGAUUUUGCGAGACUUGCGUGCCAUCCAGGAAUUCAAUAUGCAAUGAGACACAA